GCUGCCGCCUGCAACCUAGCUCAGCAACCACCCGCAUCAAGAGCUUGACGCGCACGCUUUCAGAAUCGACAAAACUUCCUCUCCCACCGCACAUCCAGCUUCUUCUGCUACCAGCUUCACACAGGCCGUCCGCGACGCUGUCUAUAUACUACCAUCUUUCAUCGAAACCACCUACGCAACCCCACCUGUUGUUGGUUUCCAAGGUGUCCCUUGCGAGCGGCACCUUGCUUGUGAUGCAAUCAUAGCUCCUGUCACCCCCGAACUCGAAGCUCUCCACGUUGCGAUAGCGUCUUUUGCACCUACAGACACCGUCAAGGGUGGAUAGUGGUUCAAGAUGGCUUGGAACAUCUUUAGAAUAGCGGCCGACCUGUCGCACAUAACAGCAAAAUGCAUCCUCAUCUUCUCCAUCCACCGUAACAGGAGCGCCGAAGGCGUCUCCCUCCUUACCCAGCUCUUCUACGCUCUCGUCUUCGUAACCCGUUACACGGACCUCUUCGUCGAAACCCACGCCUGGAACUACUUCUUCAAAGUCUUUUACCUCCUCUCCUCCUUCUACACCCUCGGCAUCAUGCGCUUCGUCUACCCCCGCACGCGCGAAAAGGAAAUCGCCUGGAAGCUCGCCGGCCUCGUCUUUUCCGGAUCCCUCGUCCUCUCCCCCUUCUUUAUGCUCAUCUUUGAUAAGAAACGAGAGUGGGCUUUUACAGAAUGGCUUUGGGUAUUCUCCCAGAUCUUGGAGUCAGUCUGCGUUUUGCCGCAGCUGUUGCUGCUGCGGCAGACGACUGUCCCGACGGUGAUUACCAGUUUUUACAUUGUGUUCUUGGGGAGCUACAGGGGGUUGUAUCUGCUGAACUGGUUCCUCAGGGAGCUGGACACGAAUGGGCGGAAGCCGAACCCGAUCAGUGUCAUUUUUGGGAUUGUCCAGACUGCGCUGUAUGCGGAUUUUGCGUGGGUGUACUGGACGAGGCAGAGGGUCAAGCUGAGGAAUGGGGGGGUGGUGGAUGCGGAUGAUUUGAGGAGGGGGUGGUUGUUGAGUAAGAUUUUUGGGAGCAAGCACCUGAGGGGUGGGAGCAACGCGGCGGAUGAGGAUGAGUAUGAUGAGGAGAGCGCGCCUGCGCUUGGACCGGGGAGGCAUGAGGUUGGGCGGGAUGCCAGGCCGGGGAGGGCAAAGUGGGGGAGUAGGGGGAUUAGUAUUAGUGCUGAUGAGGGGGUUUAUGAUGGGGAGAGUGGCGGGUCGAGGCAGGAGCAGGGUGUGACGAGUAGCAAUAGUAGGGGAGGUUUUGCGGAUGAGUCGGAUGAUGAAUUGGCUGGGGGGGCGGAUCCGGAUGCGAAGAUGCAGGAUCCGGAUGAUUUGGCGAGGGCGUUGAAUGAUGAUGAGAGUGAGAGUGAUGAGGAGGAUAAGAAGAAGAAACAGAAGGCGGCUCAACAGAAUGGAGGGCAGCCAAGCGGGAUUAGGAAUGGGGAUGAGUGGGAUGAUGAUUGAUUUCUCGUCUGAGAUAGGUUGGAAGGUUAGGGAAUUGACAAGGAAGGAAUGAAUCGAAGGAGGGAAAGGAAGGAUAUGGCAUUUGGUUCUAUAUUACCUACUACAGGCCGGAAAAUCACUGUUCAUCUUGGAGGGGCCUGUGUUUCGGGCGUUAAUGGAGUUUUUUUUGGGUUUAGUCAAACUUGUGGGUUUGUUUCAGAGUCUUCUGAGAGGACAGCGUGGUGGGAUACAACAACUAAGCGGAGUAAAUAGGGGUAGAUAGCAAUUUUGCUUCAUGUCUACCACACAGACAUACACGCACACACAUGCACC